UAGUGCUCCAUGACAACAGACAGUCGAAAGCAUUCCGCGUGGGGUUGUUUUCUUUCGAUAAACAAAACGCCAAGUUCGCGAGCGAGGGGAAAUCCAUAUUCAGUCCGACGCGAAAAAAAUACGUUUCUGUUUCUGUGCCAUUGUGAAAAAUCGAUUAAAAUUUUCUAAAUUUAUAGACGCGAUUACGGUUAGAAGUUCCGAGCGGGCUGAAAGUGCAGCUCCAAUCCGUCACCGGUGACUAUUUUAACCGCAGCUUACGCUAAUAUCCGUUGGUAAAUAACGCGAGUGAAUCACGAAAUUGGGUGCCAAAAAUCGUGAACGACGAACCACCGUUGUUGAUUGGACGACAAGGGAACGCUAAAACGUUUCUCUGCUGUCGCAUUCGAUGUCCUUCAUAACUAAUUAAUAAACUGUGAGUGGGGUGCCGCGUUCGUGAAUAGGAAAAGGCUUAGAUUUUAUGCAGCCUAACUAGCAGCAGCGACUCGACAAGGAUACUUUCCGUUUAGCUUUGGGCUAAUAACAAGACGAACGGAUACACGACGGCAAGGACAAGAUACCAGGAUGCCACUCAAGUCAAUGCAACGACGAAACACGCUUCGCGGAUCAUCAAUGCAGAAGCCGGGCAAAGGAGAGCCCGUCGACAACGAUGAGUUCGAGUCGUGGGUACGGGCAAAGCAGCUCCUCAAACCGGAUGAUCAACUGGACCUAACGGAAGCUGAGCUAGGCGAGGAGAUUCCCAAGCUCCUAUCUACAGAGAAUCGGCAUCUUCCGAGGAACUUGGUGAUCUACAACUUCCAUGAAGGAGCGUUCGUGCCUGUGCCUCCACCGGAGAAUACGGUAACUUUGCUGGAGUUCGAGGGAACCUCGCUACAUAAGGACACCCCAGAGGCAAAAGAACAAAUCGCUCGUAAAGGAACCGAUGAGCUGAAUGUCACCUUGGAUAAACCGCCGGAACCGAGCCCGGAAGAGGAAGCAGCACCGCCCCCACCGGAGACACCGGAGGGCGAAGAAGCCGAUCGGGAGGAAGAUGAAGCAGAAGCCGAUGCCGAAGCCCAAGAACAGGAAGAAGAAGUUCAAGCGGCUCCCGAAGAAGAAGCUCCCAAAAAGAAGCUGACGAACCAGUUUAACUUUUGCGAACGUGCAGCACUGACUAUAGCAAAUCCGUCCAGGUCGGUCGACACGCAAACGAUUCCCCCACCACGUUCCACCUAUGGAUCCAGCGUGCUGCAGUGGGUUAUUUACGACUCGUACUCUGAGGACUACGCACAGCAGCAGCGCGAAAAGGAGCGGGAAAAGGAAAAGAAACCGAUGCUUCACAAGCGUGAUGAAAAAUCGCGCAAGGACGACAAAGCCAAGCAGACGGAAGAAUUUAACAAGCGCUAUCUGCAGGCUUGCCAGAUCAUUGAGCGAAUGGUAAAUCAAAACAUUUACGACGAAAUUGCACAAGACUACCGCUACUGGGAGGACCCGUCGGAUGAAUUUCGUGAAGAGGAGGGCACCCUGCUGCCCUUGUGGAAGUUUUCCUACGAGAAGACCAAAAAGAUGUGUGUAACCGAUUUGUGCUUCAACACGCUGUACUACGAUUUGUUUGCUGUCUGUUUUGGAACGUUGGAUUUUAUGAAACAAGGCAACGAAGGAGCAGUCUGUUUGUUCACAAUCAAAAAUCCAUCCUUUCCGGAUUACAGAAUAACGACCGAAAGCGGCGCCAUGUGUUGCGAUAUCCACCCAAAGUAUCCGUAUUUGAUUGCGAUUGGGUUGUACGAUGGGAACGUAAUCGUCUACAACCUACAGGUGGGCACCAAGGAACCGGUCUACAUGUCUCACGGCGUCAACGGUAAACAUUCGGAGUGCGUGUGGGAGCUCAAGUGGGGACCGGACAUGCAGGACGGAGAAAUCAACUUCUUCACCGUUUCCGGCGAUGGGCGAGUGUUUAACUGGGUGCUGAUGCAGAAUAAGCUUGCUAUUACGACGAUUAUAUCGCUGUUUCUGGAUAUCGACCAAGUUGGUGGGCCUGAUGGAAGCAGCCUCAAACUGAAGGGCUGUGGAAUGUGUAUGGUUUUCCACCCAAAUAAUCCGGAGAUUUUUCUGGUCGGAACGGAGGAGGGUUAUAUUUUCAAGUGCAGUACGGCGUACAGUUCCAAAUAUCUGAUGACCUACUACGCGCACUACCUCUCCGUUCACCGCAUGGACUACAACAAAUUCAACUCGAACAUUUUCGCAUCCUGCAGCGGCGACUGGCGCGUCAAGAUAUGGGAGGAUAUGAGACCCGAGCCGUUGUUCAUCUUUGACCUGGGUGCUUCGGUGGGCGACGUGAAGUGGGCUCCCUACUCCAGCACGGUUUUUGCGGCGGUUACCACCGAGGGCAAAGUGUUUGUAUUUGACCUGAGCGUGAACAAGUACAAAGCGAUCUGCGUCCAAGCGGUCGUCUCCAAGCGGAAGAACAAACUCUCCCGGAUUGCUUUCAAUCACAAGCUACCGUUUAUCAUCGUCGGGGAUGACAAGGGCACAACAAUUACGCUCAAACUGUCGCCCAACCUACGUAUCAAGACUAAGGCACCGAAGAAAACCGUCCCUGUGGAUCCACAUGCACUGGAAGUACAGAAGUUGGACCGAUUGCUAUCCCUGGUGCGGGAACUUCCGGAAGGGGAACUCGUAAAGGAGACGGUUUCUACUGUGGCGUCCAACUAGAUCGACGGUUGUUGUUGUUAAAGAUAUAUAUUGUAGGACUGUUUCACUGUAGGGAAUGUGAAUCCGCAACGGAACCUUUUAAAUUUCACGGGUCUAAGUGGAAAUAAUAAAAGAUUUAUUUUCUAGUCUGUUUCACUUCA